GCAUCUCAGACCAAUAAACACAAACGUGGUUCACAUCCUUCUCCCCAAUAUGACUUACCUAAUCCAAACCCUCCCUUAAUCCAUUUUCACACACACACACAAAUUCCUCCUCCGACGAUGUCGACGGCAACACCUUCCGACGACAACAAUAAUUUCAGCAACAUCGAUGCGACGCCGUUGCUAUCGGACCAGAUCUUCAGGAGCCGCCGAUUCAUUCGCCGUCCGCCAAGCCUCCGUGGCGCGGCUAGGUUUCUCCGCCGUGCUAGCAGUCGCCGGAUGAUGCGCGACCCCUCGAUCCGUGUCCGGGAAGCUGCCGCCGAGCAAAUCGAGUCGAGACAAAGCGAUUGGGCUUACUCGAAGCCCAUCGUCGUUCUCGACCUACUUUGGAAUUUCGCGUUCGUCUUCGUUUCGGUCGCGGUACUCAGUUUGAGCGGAAAUGAGAAUCCGUCGAUGCCUCUUAGGCUUUGGAUCGUUGGAUAUGCUUUUCAGUGCGUGCUUCAUAUGGUGUGUGUACGCCUUGAGUAUAAAAGGAGGAAUCGGCAGCGGAAUCUUAUGCCGGAGAGUUUUCGAGGUGGUGCAGGUGUAGGGUGGAGUGGGGAGAAUUCAAAUUCGAGUUCGGGAAGUGAUGAAGGGGAUGCUGUGGAUUACGUUUUGGAGAGGCAUCAAAAUGACGAAGAAACGAGUGUUGCUAAACAUCUGGAGUCUGCUAAUACAAUGUUUUCAUUUAUUUGGUGGAUUAUUGGAUUCUAUUGGGUAUCUGCUGGUGGCCCAAAUUUGACUCGUGAUUCACCUCAACUUUACUGGCUGUGCAUUACAUUUCUGGCAUUUGAUGUGUUCUUUGUUGUUAUUUGCGUUGCUGUGGCAUGUGUCAUUGGCAUUGCUGUUUGCUGCUGUCUACCUUGUAUUAUUGCAAUCUUGUAUGCUGUGGCAGAUCAGGAAGGAGCAACUAAGGAAGACAUUGAUCGACUGCCUAAGUACAAAUUCCGGAGAAUUGGUGAUUUUGAGAAACAAAACGGAGAGAUCCAAGAAUCUUUUGGAGGAAUAAUGACAGAAUGCGGCACGGAUUCACCCACUGAGCAUGUUCUGCCCUUGGAGGAUGCUGAAUGUUGCAUCUGCCUCUGCCCCUACGAUGAUGGAGCUGAACUGCGUGAACUCCCUUGCCAUCAUCAUUUCCACUGUGCUUGCAUAGACAAGUGGUUGUACAUCAAUGCUACUUGUCCUCUAUGCAAGUUCAACAUACUGAAAAAUGGGAACCAAAGUGGUAGUGAAGAAGUAUAAAAAAGACUCUUCAUUGUACACGUCAAUUGAGACCUGAUCAGUCGGUUAGCAUUUACUGCAUUUGUUAAGCAUUCGAGGCAUAACCCGCUGAGUCUUGCAGCAUUUGAUGAUUCUCCUGUUGGUGUGUGUUAAAUGUACAUAUAUUUCUGUAACAGUUGUCUGUACUGCUGUGUCUAUCUGCAAUGUCUAAUUUAAAAUCUGAUUUCUCGCAAGAUGAUUGGUGUAGUUCCCGAAAUAUUUUGUUGUGAUCUCUAUAAUUUAAUGGAUGGUCGGUCGACUCAAGUUGUUUGUGUGGUACUAAAUGUCAAUUGGUUUGUGUUCUAGUAUGCUGAUG